CGACACCAAACAAUUAACUAUAGAGCAAAAAAUAAAUUAUUUUAUAAAAAUACAUAAUUAGUUUUAAAAAUUUUAAUAUUGUGUAAAAAAUUGAUUAUUGUGUGAAAAUUGUGGUAACAGUAAAAAAUAUAUAAUGAAAGGUGAAUGCGAAGUUGAUACUUCUAGUUUAACACCUCCUUCUAAAAUAAAGAGGAGCUAUAACAAUGGGAUUGCUGAGUAUAAGCUGAAGAAAAAUGGAAUUGAUGACGGUGUUGUUCCUAAACUAUCUUACAAAUUUAAGGAUAAAAAUAUCAAAUUGACCCCUGAUCGACUUUCAGCCACCGGUUACAAAGGUUGGUCGUCGGUGUUUUGUACACAUUGUGCUUGUACUGGAAAAUGGUAUUAUGAAGUUAAAAUAAAUCAAGAUUAUAAAAAUCUUAAAUUUGUCGGUCAUGAUAAUUCUUUUAAACACCAGAUUAAAGGGCAUGUUAGAGUGGGUUAUGCAUGUAGAUAUCAGAGAUAUGAUACACCUGUUGGAAUUAAUAGUUACGGAUUCUCAAUUUCCGACAUUGAUGGAAAGGCUUGUUAUAAUUCAAAGAAAUACCCCUAUGCCACCUCAUUCAGUGUUGGAGAUGUGAUUGGAUGUUAUUUGAGUUUGGAGAUUCCGACUACUGAUUUUCAUGAUCCCCGAGGCGAUUUAAAGUUAUACGAAUUUCUCAGAGAUGGAGUAUUAUGUGACCCUAAGAAUAUACCACCAUCCAGAACAAAUCCCAAUUCUUUUACACAAUUUUCAAUCAACGGCAAAUUAUAUGAUAAAUUGGAUAUUGACGUAUAUGAUGGAUAUUAUCACCCAGCAAUUUCACUUUAUAUGGGAGCUUCUAUCACAAUUAAUCUAGGACCCAACUUUGUAUAUAAACCACCUGAAGAAUAUAAACCAUGUUGUCUAAUGGACAAACCAAUAAUUAAUUAAUUUUUUGUGAAAAUG